AUCAAACAAAACUCAAGUCAUCUAUUUCUCUUGUUGCAUAGUCCCCCAAAUAUUCAUCAUGUCGAUCAAGAGUGUUGUUUCUCUCCUAGUAGUUGUAUGCAUCGCAGCCUCCGUUAAUGCUCAGCUACCGCAGUUUCCCCCAAUCAUGUUCCCGUUUCCAAAUCCGUUCAAACCAAGUCCCGGUAUGGCAGGAAGUCCCGACUUGAGCAAAUGUUGGUCAACAGUGAUGGAUUUGCCGGGAUGCUUUGAAGAGAUUCAACAAGCCGUAAUGUCCGGCAAAUUUGAAGGCGUUGGUCCUGCUUGUUGUAAAGCUUUCCUUGACGCUGAAGCUAACUGCUUACCAAAUCUUCCAUCCAACCCGUUUUUCCCUCCUAUGAUGAAACACCAAUGCUCCAAAAUGGCUAGUCCUCCAACCACCACCGCCUAUUAGAAUGCAAAAAUGUAGUUGUGUUUUUUCGAAUUUUUUGUUAGUCCCAGAAUGUUCUAGAAGAAGAAAUGAUAAUAAUAAUGUCUUAAUCUAAUAAUAAUGUCUCAUUUCUUAUAUU